AUGUAUCUGAACAAAUUUUCCUUUUUACGACAUCACCAGAUAAGGAGGGUGUUUGAAAAUGCAACCAAGAACAAGACGUUGAAAUAUAAGCGUCAUUUUAGCACAUUCACAAAAUUAAGCAAGGAAGAAGAAUCGUUCUUAAUCAAGAAGGCCAAUAAAUACAUGAACUAUGUGAAAGAAGGUCAGGAGUUCAAAGUGGGAAUGUGGCUAAACACGUGCAGCUUAUUAAUAUUAGUUAUGAUAAGUAUAGGAGGGUACACAAGAUUAACAGAAAGUGGAUUAUCUAUAACGCACUGGAAUUUUCGCGGUAUCAAAUAUCCAAAGGACGAAGAAGAAUGGAUAAAAGAAUUUGAAGAAUAUAAAUUAACUCCAGAAUAUAAAGAAGUGCAUUAUAACAUUUCGAUAGAUGAUUAUAAGAAAAUAUUUUUUAAUGAAUGGUUACACAGAACAUUUGGUCGUUUUAUAGGUUUGUUUUUUGUUAGUGGAGCAGGAUUUUUUAUAUAUAAAAAUUAUUUAAAAAAAAAUAUGAUAAAAAAAUUAAGCGUUAUUUUGGCAUUAGGAACAUUUCAAGGAUUUGUAGGCUGGUGGAUGGUCAAAAGUGGAUUUCAAAAACCGCAAACAGAAAAUAAAACACCAAGAGUUUCACCAUACCGACUAGUUUUUCAUCUAUUUUGUGCAACAGUAACGUACAGUUAUAUUUUUCUGAAUUCAUUAACGUUAAUCGAAAUAGGAAAGUUGAGAAAACAGUAUCGUAAAAGUCAAAUUGAAACUUGGCCUGAAUUUUUGAGGAACCAAUUAAUACAUGAAAUGUAUGAGAAAAGAAAUAUCAUCAGGGGUAUGAAAUUAGGUCUAUUUUUUUUUACCCUUUUAGUUUUUUCAAAUAUUUUAUAUGGAGGUUUUGUAGCUGGAAAUGAUGCAGGAUAUGCUUAUAAUACUUGGCCAAAAAUGUUAGAUAAAUUUAUUCCCGAUGAUGUAAAAAAUUUUUAUAUCAGCAAAAAGAAAAAAUAUGAACAGCUAUUUGAAAACACUGCACUCGUACAAUUUAAUCAUCGUAUGCUAAGCUAUCUCAUUGUCCUAAAUAGUUUUCUCUUAUAUUAUUAUUCACAGAAAAUUGCUCUAAGUAAAAAAACAAAACGCCUCUUCUUCGUUCUGCCCUUUAUUACAACAGCGCAAAUGUUAACCGGCAUAAGCACAUUAGUUCAUCACGUGCCUAUCCACUUGGCCUUAGUACACCAAUUUGGAGGAUUCUGCAUUUUGUCGACUCUCCUACAUUUGAUCAAACGGACAUAUCGGUUUUAA